AUGUCAUUGUUAAAGAUAUUGAAGAAAGGCGUGCCUAAGAAAGAAACUAAUAAAAAAGUUUCUACCAAUCUUAUAAGACAAUUUUAUUUAAAUUUGGAUGAACCUCAUAGGAUAUGGAAACCAACUGAGCAUAUUUCCGGUGAGGCAAAUUUGGAACUUCAAGAGGAUAUUAUUAAUGUGAGAAUCAAACUUUCCCUAAUCGGCGAGUUGAAAGUAAAGAUGAGGGCAAGCCACCCAACUACAAUAAAAACGAAAAAGAAGAUAAAACUGAUCGAGAAAUCUACUUAUUUAUAUGGUAGUCCGUCUGUUGAUGAAGAUUCAGCUGAAAAUGGGAUUGUUAAUGGAUUGAGUAAAGGUACUCACAAAUUCCCAUUUAAGAUAACGAUACCCAAUAGUAAAAAUAGUAAAAAACUGUUCAGUUCAAUCAAAUUCGAAAGAGGAUCAAUAUAUUACUACUUACAAUGUUCUGUAGAAAGAACAGAUAAUAAAUCAACUAAUUUGGCUAGUUGUGAAGCCGACUUCCAAUUGAUUGUUCCAUUAGACGUUACAGAAUAUAACCAACCAAAGACAAAAAGUGUUGUUCUACAAUCUGCAGCCAUGGUACGACAUCAUAACGUGGAUGAAAAUGGAACAGCGACAUCCUCAAUGUUCACAAAAAUGACAAAUAACUCAAAUUCUUCAAAUGGUUCAUCAUCAUCAUCAUCAAAUGAAAAUAAAACCGUUAGCAUAUCGGUAACACUACCUAAAUCGGGGUUCACAAUAGGAGAAACAAUCCCAGUAAAGAUAAAUUUAAAACAUUAUAAACCAUACUACCAUUUAGCAGGUGUUAUAACGACUCUUGUUAGAAUAUGCAGAGUUGGAGGAAUAAAUGAGAAUGAGCCUACGGAGACUUUCAGGAAGGAUAUCUGUCAGAACGUCUCCCCAAUCUACAUCGAUAAAGAAACACUGGGCUUUAGCUGUACUGCUUUACUCAAAAUACCGUACGAUACAUUUAGUAGUUUCAACGAAUUAAAAAAUUUCUUCACAUUUCAAUACUAUAUUGAAGUCAUGGUAAAUCUUUCGAGAAAAAACUUGAUUUAUACAGAAUCCAAUAAGAUUAUAGGUGGUGGCGAUACAGAUGCUAAGAGUGAACAAGGAUUAAGUGAUGUUGAUACUCCGAAGGAGAGAAGAACUUCUUCCAAGAUGGCAACCAUUGAGAAAAGUAUUCAAAAGAAAGUUUUAAACCUAAUUAAUCAUAGCUCGAACACUGAAUUAAUUACCAUUGACGAUAAUAAUGAAUUAAGAUCUUCGAACAUGACUUUCAAAGACAUGGUUGACGUUGAAAACCUCAAGCGAUUGAGAAAUGUCACAGGCAUGUCUAUAGAAAUUAUCGUAGGUACGACUAGAAUUGAUGAUACAGAAUCCGUUAAAGAAAUAGACCCACCGCAGGAGCAAGAAAGAGCAUACCAGAAUAAUGAUUUGAACGAAUGGUUAUGUUCAUCAAUCUAUGACAACAAUAUUCAACCGGUACCUGAAUACACACCGGCCACAUCCGAUUUCAUGGUUUCUGUGGCUGAUGACAAACAGGAGCUAGAAAGAAGUAGAUUAAAAGAACUAGAAGAUGAACCUGAUCCAUAUUAG